CAACCAGCAGCCAGCGGCCAGAAGAAGCCGUGCGAAGCGGAGUCAACUCGGUGCCGCAGUCAUCACCCGGCGGCUCGCGCGGUUCGCCGGACGCUUCGACGAUAACCGCACCGUGCUCGACAAGUCACCGCACGUCGUUUUAGCCUCUGAGCUCCGUUUUAGUGCGUGACCGGACCGCAUGGAGUCGGCGUCCAGAAGGUCGGUGAGGUGUUCCGUCUACGAGGGAUCGUCCAGCUAACGUUAGCAAACCGCGGCGGGUUGUGGAGUGUGGACCCCGGGAGCGGAGAGGCUCGGUGCUCGCUCUAUCGACGGACGGACGGAAGAAAGGACGUUAACCCGAACAAUGGGCCUCAUAUUCGCCAAACUGUGGAGCUUCUUCUGUAACCAAGAGCACAAGGUGAUAAUUGUUGGACUCGAUAAUGCCGGAAAAACCACCAUCCUCUACCAAUUUCUUAUGAACGAGGUCGUCCACACGUCCCCCACCAUCGGAAGCAACGUGGAGGAAAUAGUGGUGAAGAACACUCACUUCCUGAUGUGGGAUAUUGGAGGACAGGAGUCUCUCAGGUCCUCCUGGAACACCUACUACUCCAAUACGGAGUUCAUCAUUCUGGUGGUGGACAGCACGGACAGAGAGCGGCUGGUCAUCUCUAAAGAGGAGCUCUACAGGAUGCUGGCUCAUGAGGACCUGCGGAAAGCCGCUGUGUUGAUAUUCGCCAACAAGCAGGAUAUGAAGGACUGUAUGUCCGCGGCAGAGAUCUCCAAAUACCUCACCCUGAGCUCCAUCAAAGACCACCCCUGGCACAUACAGUCCUGCUGUGCCCUCACAGGAGAGGGUCUAUGCCAGGGCCUUGAGUGGAUGACAUCGAGGGCCGGCCUCAGAUAGCCCCGCCCCCAGCCACCAAUAGCCUGACUACCUGCACCACCCACCCAGUGGCAACAACAGCUUCUUGGCUUAUUUGUACUUUUAAUUUGAAUUUUUAAUGAUAAACUGGGACUUUGGCCCGUGGAGACGGCCCGAGGCUGAGCCGAGUGGAGCUGGUGCUUCUCCCGAAUGGAGCAGAACCAACGGACUGACCUGGUCACCUGCUGCCGGACGUUCCUUUUACAGCAGUGGAGGAGGAGUCAUUUCAGCGAGCUAGGAGCAUUAGUAGCAGUGUACACAGCAGGGCUGCACUGGGCGUGAUUUACACUACACACACGCACACACAUCAUGCCGCGUCGCCUCAUAUCAAGGGAACGCCACAAACAUCACGUUGGUGCAGCGCUAUUAUUUGUGUUCUCAUUGCCUCUAUAUAACUUUGGUCAUUAACAAGGUGAGCAAAGGGAUUACAAGCAGUAUUUCAGAACCUUUUUUUGAUGGGAAUGGUGGCACAAGGUUCUUUUCGGAAUAAUGUUCUCGUUUUUUUUGUGUUUUUUUCAUUUAAUGUUACACAUGAUUUCAGUUUCAUAAGCUUUGGUGUCGGCAGUCAACUGUCACACUAGAAACACUAGGUGCCGUAUUAAAAUGUGGUCAAAUAUACAUCUCCCUCGCUUAUUAACUUUGAGCCUGUUACUUGUUUUGUAAUUGAGCCGGAAGGUUGUCAUGCAGACUUUUAAUCAAAGCUGACCCUUUAGCCAUUUACUUUAAACGCUCACUUUGAUAACAGGAUUAUAAACAUUUACAAAUAUGCAUUAUGAUUUCCAUUAAAUUUUUUUGUGCUUGUUUUGUUCCGGCGUAUUAACAUGUGACCGUUGGUGCUCUGCAGACGGAUCCUCUGCAUCCUCAUAUGAACGUUUCAUUAACUCUGCAGCCAUUUGGACCCGUGUUUCCCUGUGAACAUUUUGUACUUUUAAAACAAAAGGCUCUGAAUGAGCCGCCAUCAAAGCGAGGCCGCACGGCGACGGGGAGCUUGUUGUUCGUCAGACGUUUAUCAGCACUCGGCCUUCACCGGGUUGCUGUGAGCGUCGGUCUGGGAUUUAUUACCUUUUGUUUCCCUAUUAGGAACUUGGAAACCAGGUCUACCAACUGAUGGAGUCUGAAUCAGAACGGGGGUGAAGAUGGUGUCCAUCUGGGUCGGGGGGGGGUCUCUAUACUUUAUGGCAAGGGACUGUGAUCUCACAAAGCAAACUGGUUUCAGUGUGCUGUCUGUUUUUGUUUUCAAUAAAAGAAAAGUCAUUGACGUUUAA